AUGGCUAAGACAGAUCCAUCCCUAUGCCCGACAUGCAAUGAAAACUACUCCAUCAAACACAUCGUCGUCCCCUGCCCAAACUUCAAUGAAGCUAGGAAAGACUUCAACAUCCCCGACAACUUGUACGAAGUUUGUGCUACUUACCCAGAAUUGACUGUUGUUCCAUCAAAUGUUGAUGAUACCAUGUUGAUUGCUUCUGCUAAGUUUCGUCAAAAUGGUCGAUUUCCAGUUUUGAGUUAUCGUCACGAAAAAGGCAGUGUGUUAAUGAGAAGUAGUCAGCCUUUAGUUGGUUCAAGUUCUAAACGUUGUAAACAAGAUGAACGUGUUAUAAACUCUGUACUUGGUCCUGGAAAAAGAGGGUAUAUAAUUGAUACCCGCAGUGUUGCUAAUGCUACAAAUGCUAGAGCUCGUGGAGGUGGAUUCGAAAUGGAAGCUCACUAUCCUCAGUGGAGACGAGUAAAUUCGGCUCUUGAACGUCAUAAUGUUUUAUUGGACAGCUUGUCAAAAAUAGUUGAAGCUUGUAAUGAUACAACAUGUACUAUAGAUCGAUGGCUUAACAARUUAAAUGGGAGUGAGUGGUUGUCCCAUGUUAAAGAUACAUUAAAUGCAGCUUGUUUAGUUGCACAAUGUUUAAAUAAAGAGAGAGCUUCAGUAUUGGUACAUGGAUCAGAGAGCACAGAUGCGACAUUGGUAUUAAUAUCAUUAACUCAAUUGAUAUUAAAUCCAGAAUGUCGAACAAUUGUAGGAUUUGAAUCAUUAAUUGAGAGAGAAUGGCUUCAAGCUGGACACCCAUUUGAAACUCGCCAUAAAAGUGGUUGUUACAAUGCAGCUCGAACAAAAGUAUCUUCGUCUACUACAUCAAAAAUUUUCCAUCAUGGAUCAGGCGCCACAUUUUUAUUAUUUCUUGACUGUACAUGGCAAAUACACAAUCAAUUUCCAUGUUGUUUUCAAUUUUCCUCAAAUUUUUUAUCAUCACUUGUUGAUCAUUCAUACUGUUCAGAUUUUAGUACAUUUUAUGGUAAUUGUGAGUCUGAUCGAAAAAAUAAUCAAUACGGAAAACCUAAUUUAUGGUCGCACUUUGAUCAAAAAAUUGAUGAAAUUAUCAAUCCACUAUACCUACCUACAAAUGAUGUAAUAUGGCCUUCUGUUGCUCCAUUUAGUAUAGAAUUGUGGCGAGAUAUGUACUUAAGAUGGUCUAUUGAUCAAACACAUCAAAAAAAGUAUAAAAAAUCAAUUGAUGAUUUAGUAAAACGAAAUAAGGAAUUAAAAGUCUUAGCUACAAAAUUACUCAACGAGAAUCAAGAUACUGGUAACAAAUCUACAUAACUAAUUAAUUAUAUUUUCUGUUUUAUUCAAUACAGGUACCAAACAAUUAUUGAAUGAUAUGUUAUUAUUUUUUUUUUUAUGCCAUUUAAUUUGUUAAUCAACUUUAGAAACUAUAUAAUAUAUUUAUUACUGUAUAUAAUUAUUUAUUUCCAUUGAACCUAUAUUCAAUAUUGUAUCAAUUUACCUGAAAAUAAACAACUUGAUUACCAACUAAAGUGUUAAAGAACAAAGGUCAUAAUU